AUGGCGGACUCACUUGUUUCAGCUCUUUUGAAUACCAUAUUCGACAACUUGAACUCCUUGUCUCGGGAGGGGAUUCGACUUGCUGGGAGCCUCAAAACUGAAGUUCAGACUCUAGAGAGUACUCUGACUACCAUCCAAGCUGUGCUCCAUGAUGCUGAGCAGAAGCAGUGGAAGACUUAUGAUCUGGAAGAUGUGCUUGAUGACUUCAACGCAGAAGCUCUAAGGCAAAGGGAUGCAAGAAGCAACGUGACCGUUUUCUUUUCUCCUCAGAACCCACUUCUGUUUCGCUUGAAUAUGGCACAUAAACUUAAGGAUGCAAGAGAGAAAUUAGAUGCCAUUGCUGAGGAGAGAAGCAAGUUCCACUUAAGAGAGGGUGUGGCAGAAGCUGAAACUGGGCGGAACAGAGACAGGAUAACCAGCUCCCUCGUGAAUGAAUCAGAAGUAAUUGGCAGAGGAGAUGAGAAGGCAGAGAUAGUUAGCAUGUUACUUAAAAAUGUGAAUCACCAUGAUGACCUCUCUGUUUAUGCCAUAUGCGGCAUGGGAGGUCUUGGAAAGACAACAAUUGCUCAGUUGGUUUACAAUGAUGAAAAUGUGACAAAAGUCUUUGAUUUGAGAGCUUGGGUGUGCGUAUCUGACGAUUUUGAUAUAGCAAGCCUGACUAAACCUAUUGUGGAAUCCAUUGAACAAGGGAACGCAUGCAAUAUCCAACAGCUAGAUCCCUUGCAACGGUGCUUAUUGGAGAAGCUUGCUGGAAAACGAUUUUUGCUUGUCUUGGAUGAUGUGUGGAACGAACAUGAAGACAAGUGGGACGGACUGAAGAAAGCGCUUCUCUCUGGACAAAGAGGGAGUACAGUCAUUGUCACUACUCGGCUCAAGAAAGUUGCUCUUAUGAUGGCUACGAUUCCUGUUCAUGACUUGGUGUGUUUUUCAGAUGAUGAUUCUUGGUCCUUAUUCAAGCAAAGAGCCUUUGGGAUGGGAAUGGAUGAAGGCAAUGUGAACUUGGAAAGAAUUGGGAGGCAGAUAGUGCAGAGAUGUGGAGGGUUACCCUUGGCAAUUAAGGCCACAGGAAGCAUAUUGCGUUUCAAAAGCCAGGAAAGGGAAUCAUUACGUGUCAAAGAAAGCGAGAUAUGGGAUUUGGAAGAUGAGGGAAGAAGAAUCUUAGAUUAUGUCAUGGAAAAGGACAAGCUGAUAGGACUAUGGACGGCAAAUGGAUUUAUUCCUUCACGAGGACAUAUGGAUUUGCAUGAUGCGGGUUGUGAAAUAUUAUCUGAAUUAACUUGGAGGUCCUUUCUCCAGGACGUCAAAGAGGAUGUUCAUGGAACUGUUACAUGUAAAAUGCAUGAUUUAGUUCAUGACUUGGCAACAUCUAUGAUGGACGAAUGCUAUGUGAUUGAGCCCAGUGAGAGGUUGAAAAUACCAAAAACUGCUCGUCACUUGUUUGUUCAUAGUAGUAGUUUUUCGAGGAACACUCUAGACUUAUCGGAAUUGCAACCAUUGCUUUCUUUGAUCCUUGGGAACAAGUUCACCUUUCGUGGUAUUGCUAAUCUCUAUAAUCCUUCCCAUUUCAUCAGUAAACAAAAGCAUCUAAAGGUGUUGGAUUUGGGUUAUAAUUUUUGCAAUAUUGCAUUUAAAAGUUUGAACAAUCUGAGGUAUUUGUGCCUACAUGAUGGUAAUAUGAAAACUCUACCUGAAUCAACAAGCUCCCUUCAUAACUUGCAGACACUGAAUCUCCGUUCUUGUGACAAUCUUCAAAUGUUACCAACAGGCAUGAAGCACUUGGAAAAUCUUAGGUACCUGGACCUCAGAGAGUGCUAUAAACUAAGUUCUAUGCCUAUUGGAUUAGGACAAUUGUCAAGCUUGCGCAAGCUCAACAAGUUUGUUGUGGGAAAGGACAAUGACAGUGGUGGCAUUGAUGAGUUGAAAUACUUAUCUUGGAGAAGAGACAGCAAUGAGACCUCUCAACAUGGAAAUGAUGAAGAGAUUCUUAAUGCUCUCCAACCUCAUUCAUGCUUGAAGAAGUUGUACAUAUAUGGUUACCAAGGUGUUAGGUUUCCGUAUUGGAUGAUGGAUAUGCUUCUACCAAACCUUGUUCAAAUCUCAUUAGAAUAUUGCAACAGAUGCGAUCAACUUCCACCUCUAGGGAAAUUACGCUUCUUGAAGGUCCUUACUAUUUUUGGAAUGGGUGCUCUCAAGUAUAUUGACAGUAACUUCAACGGAGAUAUGGAGAGUUCUUUUCCAUCACUCGAGGUUCUCAAAAUACUUUGGGCACCAUGUUUGGAGGAAUGGACGGCAGAUAAUGGUAGACAGCAUUUUCCUAUCUUAACUUCAUCAACUAUCAUAGGUUGUCCUAUGUUGGUUAAACUGCCCAUGCUUCAGUCUCUAAAGGAGCUAGAUAUCAGAGGAAGUAGUGUUACUUUACUCAAAUCUUCGAUGAUGAAUGCCACUGUUCUUAUAUCUCUCCAUAUUUGGGAGUUCUACGAGUUAAGGGAUUUAUCUGAUUUGCUGGAUAACACUUGA